AUGACAGUUGUCCAUCCCUUCCAAUCCAUUGUCCCAAGUAGGGAUAACUCGUUAUUAUUUGUCACUUCAAGAAAUCAAAUUCUCGGAUUCAAAUAUACAAAUGAAAAAUUCAACAUCCUGUAUCAUUGGAAGGAUCAAUAUGAAAGAGAAACCCUACUAAGAGAAAAGGUUAUUAAGGAACAGAAAAGACAAUUGGCAGAAAAUGCCAAACUGGAUCUUAAGAAAAGUAAGGAUAACGAGGGAAAACCUGUCGUUAGGCCUGAACCAAAGAUCCCUACUCCUGGCCCAGGAGCUCCACCUAUAUAUUCCAUAGUGAGAAACUUGAUCGUAUCACCAGAUGAUACUAAGUUAUUUGCAUGUACUGAUUCCGAUAAGGCUAUCAUUGAACUGUCUUAUGAUGUGAAUGCUUCUUCAAGUACCCCAUUAGGUUUGGAUUUACUCAAGAGACAACCCUACUCAAAGAGACCUAAUGCUAUAACAAUUACUAAAGAUCAAAAAAACGUUAUAAUGGUUGAUAAAUUUGGUGAUGCUUUUUCAAUGCCUAUUGAUGGAAGUCCUGUUUUAGACAUUAAUGAAAUUGAACCAAUAUUGGGACAUGUUUCCAUGCUAACGGAUGUCUUGAUGGUUACAGACGGAGAGGGAAAACAAUAUAUUAUUACCAGUGAUAGGGAUGAACACAUAAAAAUUUCCCACUAUCCCCAAUGUUUUAUUGUUGACAAAUGGUUAUUCGGUCAUAAAGAAUUUGUCUCAUCUCUUUGUUCACCAACAUGGAAGUCUGAUUGGCUAUUUAGUGCUGGUGGUGAUGACAAUGUAUUUGCGUGGAAUUGGGUUGAGGGUAAGAACUCAUCAAAAUUUAAUUAUUCUGAAUUAAUUAGACCAUAUUUGACUGAUGCCCACUUGGCUCCUGCAAGAUUUCAAAAUGAAACAAAUGACACUAUUGAAUAUUCUGUCUCCAAAGUGGUUGUUCUGGCAAACCGACCUUUUAUUGCGUUCUUUGUGGAAGCUACUAAACUUCUUUUCAUCAUAAGCGUAGACAAGAGUACCGGUUUUCUAGCUUUGGCACAACAGAUUGAAAUGCCAUAUAAUAUUAUUUCUCUUUCUUCAAGUGCUUCGGAUGAUGAAUUACAAAUAACCUUAGACAAUCGUGAUUGUGAUAACCACAAACAUUUCGCUAAAUUUGUAACAUUUGAUAAGGACACAGGUAAGUUCGUAGUUGAUACUACGAAAUCAAGCGCAUUUGAUGAGGCAGUGGCUGCCGCCUUGAAGUUAGAUUUUGACCUUCAGUGCGAGAAAGCUGAUAUCUACCCAUUAUAUAAUGUUACUUCAUUGAAGAAGCAUGGUGAGCAUUUCUCCUAA